AUGUCGGUACAUUCUUUCAGAAGUUUUGUGGGAAUAAUGUCGUUUGGUGAUGUGCUGUCUCGGAGGCUUCUCAACUUUGGUUUUGGACGUGUAUCUCUGGGACAAGAAGUCUGUGUAAAGGCUGCUGUAGGAUUAUGGCAAACAGAAGAACAAGAGAAAACAAUCUGUGUUAAUGAAGACUACAAGAGUUUAAUUUUUAGAGAUAAACAUGACACAGAAACAAAGGAAUACCAUUUUACUUUUGAUGGUGUCUUCAAUUUUAACAUGGGACAGGAUAAGGUAUUCUCAGAGCUCAUUCAAUCCAUGCUGAACACCGUUACUUCUGGAUACAAUGUAUCUAUUCUUCUGUAUGGUUCACGGAGUUGUAGCACCCAAUUUCUGCAUGGUGAAGAUGGAAAUCAGUUUGGAUUAGUAUAUCAAUUACUGGAACAAGUUUUUCAAGGAGUUCAUUCAAUGAGCAAUGAGGAAUUUCUGAUUACAGCAGCAUUUAUGCAGGCAUGUAUCACUGGUAGCUAUGGUAAAUAA